UAUUUUUUUGUGAUUAUUUUAUUUCAAGUGUAAACAAAAUAUUUCUAUUUCAAAGUUUUGUAUAUUGAAAAAAUAAUAAACAUUAUCAACCAUUUAAUCUGCCAUUAAGAAACUCUGAAAAUCAUAAACUUUCCAAAAAAAAAAAAGAGAUCAACAAGAAAACGCAUUCCAUGGGUACAUUCUUGAUAAAAUUGACAGCCGCCUGUGCUCAUCUCGGUUAAAUAGUUUUUGCGGUCUUUGACCAAAAAGAAUUUAUUAAUUUAUUGCAUAUUUCUAUCUUUAUUUGUUGUCCAUUCAAAUUAGAGUUAAAAAGUAAUAAAAAAAAAAAAAAAACAAUCAUGUCGGAUGCUUAUAUGAAAUUUUAUCAUGAAUUUCUGCAAAAGAAAAACACUUUUACUGAUGGUGGUAGUAGUGGAGGUGGUGGCGAUGAAGGGGAAUCUAAAUUACCAAAGGAAAAAGAACAAAAGAAAGGAACAUUAAAGUUAUCGAAGGAAAAGAAGGAUAAAGUGGAUCAGCAUUUGUCGUCGUCCGAUAUGGAACAUAGUUAUACACGUGAUUUGCGACCACAGCCCGUCCUGACGGGUCUCGCUCCGGCGCGCACUCUUUUAGUGCGACGUCCGCCGCAAUGUCCUUCCUGCCACACUCAUCCGGCCGAUGAGAAUAACGAUGGCGAUGAUGCAAAUCAGCCAAUUGUGCCGUCUUAUAAUGAGACUGCAGCCAAGGACGCAAUGAAUGAGUGUGCCCGCAUUGCGAAGAGUGUCAAGAAUGCUAAUAGUGAUGACCAGAAUUGGGAGGAACGUGUUAGCCAAUCCGGUUGGUCAUCGGUGCAGUCAAAAUUGUUUGAGAAAGUAGUCAGCAUUUUGGAUUCCGAUCAACUGGGACGUUUGGCCAACACUGGAAGGCCACACGAGCCGGUGCAGCGUCGUGUGGUUGUAGACAAAUCGGCUCAACGAAUGAGAAAGGCUCUCGCCUCUGUUCAAUGGGAACCACGCAUCACCCAAUGGUUGCAUGGUCUUCUAAUGGAAUGUCUGCCACCAUCUUAUAUGGCAUCGUAUUUGGACAUUUUGCAAACCCUUAAAGCAAAACUUCCCACUCUCAUUGAUAAAAUGCUAUUUGGUAGACCGAUGAACACCAGCCAGGAGUUAUUGGCGCCUGUACUGAAGAAGCAAUGGGAACCAACUUUAAUCACACAGAAGAGUCGUAAAUUGCCACAGCCGGCGGUCAUUAUUGCACUACCAUCGAUGCCGAUAAGUGGCCCAGUGCCUAGUCGCAUACAAAAGUGGUAUCAACAUUUGGCUACGAUAACUCAAAUUGUCCAAGUAACGUUACCAUCAGGAAGUUCAAUGGCAAAGCAACCAUUGGAUAAUAUCGCUGAACAAAUUGUCUCAUUGACAAGAUUGAAAAUCCAAGAGCUACGCAAUGAACAAUCGAGUCGAAAUAUUAUUUUGAUUGGCUUUAAUGCUGGAGCUGCGUUAGCUCUGCAGGUUGCCAUGGUGGAAAAUGUUAGCAGUGUUGUUUGCAUGGGUCUUGCUUUUAAUACACUAAAUGGUGUAAGAGGUACACCCGAUGAUCGUAUUUUGGACAUAAAGGUGCCCAUAUUGUUUGUUGUUGGACAAAAUUCGGCCAGAUCUAGCCAAGAAGAAAUCGAAUCCCUAAGAGAGAAAAUGCAUUCAGAUUCAGCUUUAGUUGUUGUCGGAAGUGCUGAUGAUGUGUUACGUGUUCCCAAAAGUAAACGUAAAAUUGAAAAUGUUACCCAAAGUAUGGUUGACACAAUGGUUAUUGAUGAAGUAUAUGAAUUUAUAAAGAAAAUUAUAUUACAUCCACCUGGACCAAGAACUCCGAUUGUUAAUACUAAUAUUCAACCACCAGUAACGACUAUCAAGAAAGUCAGUCCAGCUGAUACCUCAAUGAACCAACGUAAAAGAAAACAACAAAAUACUCCAACAGAUGCAGGUCAGACAGCUGCCAAAGUUAAAUGUGGCACAAAAACUUUACAUCAAAAAAUCCCAAGAAAAACCAAAUUCCUUCAAGAUCCCUUCCUUAUCAAACGUAAAGUUGGAAGACCACGAACAAGGCCACUGCCCCCGGAAAUAUCAUCUGUUCCACAAUCCACUCCGGUCAAGCCACCACCAAUCAAACAAACACCACAAAUCAUCCAACAACCAUCAAAUGAUGAUCUUAAUCUGGCCAUUCAGAGCAUUUUGGGUGAUGGUGAUACACCGACCAAAGCCAGCGACGAGUCUCGCAGUGAAGUUACCAACUUUGAAAUAGUCACCCAGCCAAAAUCUGCACACAUCAAAACGAUUCUAGGAUCGGGUAUGCGAGCGGGACAAGCAUUAUCUUUAGGUACCGGCUCAAAUACAAAGAUUAAAAUGAUUCCCUCAAAUCAAUUUGUCCAACUCAAACCACCAAUCCAGAGUCAAACAAAGAUUUACACAAUUAAACCAACAUCUUUGGCACCCUCGCCAACAACUAGCGCUCCCACAGUCUCGGGCAGUCAAAUAUUCACAAUCAAACCCAAUACAUCGGUUAAUCAAGCGCAAAUUAUGAGUGUUGGCGGUCAGUCAAAAUUCACAAUUCUCAAAACGUCUCCCAUAAAGACUGGACUUGGAUCGACGACCAUUGCAUCAUCCUCCAGUAACACCACCACAACCAAUGACUUAACAAACAUAUUCGAUAUGCCAAUUAUAUUUGCCGACAAUGAUGGUAAUCUCACCGAAUCGGUGUCAAUUUCAAAAGCACCUAUUACAACAUCAACACCUAUUGUUUUGACACAGCCUUCAGUUACGCAAAACAAAGGUGGUACUUAUGUUAUCAAUACAUCAGCUCUUCAACAGCAACAACAACAACAAUUACAACAGCAACAACAAAAACCUAAAACCAACAAAGUUGUCUUUAUUAAUCGAAACACAAUGAAACCAUGUCCGAAUAUAAUAUCUCGUUCUCCGAAUGUGCCACAAUUGCAAAAGUAUGCUAAAGUAGUUGUGAAGAAUCCGAAUACAUCAACUUCAAGUCUUGUAUCGAGGCCAGCCCAAACACAACAGCUAAUUAAAACCUCGGACAGAAUUAUCAAACCUCUAAAUCUGCACGGCAUUAAAUCUACAUCUCCCUUGGCUUCGUCCGUAACACCCACAAUGCCGUCAACGUCGUCUCCAGGUAUUCUCAAUUUGAAACAAUUUCAAAUUGUCAAUAUGGAUCCGGAUAAGAAGAAAUUUAUAAAAUCUAUUCCACCAACUACACAAAAUACAACCACAACAGCUACCAUUACCGGUAAUGUUGUUGCUGCUGGUGCUGUUGUUGGUUCACCGCAAACACUCAAUAAAACUGUAUUUAUCAAGCAGAGCGGAUUGAAGCCACUCCCUGACCAUUUGAAACCGCAAUUUUUGGCCAAAAACGUAACAGUUCGUAAACUUGUCAAUUUGGUACCAACUGCAAAAACAUCAGGUGUCAUAACAACAACUGUGUCCCAGUUGCAGUCUGGUGCUGCAGCUGCAACUGCUAAUUCCACAGCAAUAAAUAGUGGAUCUGUUGUCACACCAACAACAACAUUAUCAUUAUCAACGAUCUUGAAGAGUAAACAUCAUCAAUCGAUGUAAAAUAUUUUUUUUUGGUUUUUUGUUAAAAAAUAAAUUUAAUAUAAAAUGUAUUUUAUGAAAAUACUAAUAAAUCAGAUACAAAUAUCUAUUUUGUAGUUACAAUAA